CGUUCAAACUAAAUGAAGUUGAAAUGCUUUGUUGUUCCUCCGGGCUUCUUCAUCUUAUUAACCAGGCUUAUAUCUUAUCGACGCUGUCCUCCGUCUGCUGCCACCGCGCGAGAGAAUAAACGGAAAGGUGGGAGCGGAGUGGGAGGGGCCGCCGUUCGGUGCCGAGUUUAGCGCUCUGCAACAUGAUCCGCGCGCACCACGGGGAGGCCGGGCUCUGCGGCGCUGCGUCCUGCCAUUCCCACGGAAGCGCGCGGAGAGACCGGAUCGAGCCGUCGCGGGAUGACGAAGAAAGGAGGUGGACCAUCUACAUGUGACGGCAGGCUCACACGAACCCACCUCAGCAUCAGCAGCGACUGACAAAAGCGAAAGGCAAACCCGGAGAUGAGUCUGACGGGAGGUACUGCCGGUGCUCAUCGCGGUCUGCGUCAAACCUCUCGCUCCCUCGGAAGAUAAUGCCCUCGGAUUCUCCUCAGAGGACUUUUGGGGGUUUGUUCUGUACUUGCUGCGUUGGUCCAUGUCAGCGCCUCGGGGUAAACAUCCAACGGGCACGGUGAUGGUCCCCGCUUCUCCUGCCUCACAGCCGCCCUCAGCAUCUGCAUUGUAAGGGGAAACUCGUCCUGUGGGAGUGGGCUUGUGAAGCAAUUAUGCACUAAUACAAACAACCUCUUUUCUUGUUGUUACAUUUUUAAAAAAAGAGAAAAAAGGAAAGAGCAGAUUGGAGCCAUAAUUGGAUUACUGGGUGUCGUUGUUUCGCCGUCAUGAACUCUCUCUUUUACUCCGACCGGCCGCCCGGCCCGGGCUGCAGCGCCCCGGGCGGGUCGGGCGCGGUGACCAGCGCCCUGCGUAACGACCUGGGCUCCAACAUCCACGUGCUGAAGACCCUCAACCUGCGGUUCCGCUGCUUCCUCGCCAAGGUGCACGAACUCGAGAGGAGAAACAAACUGCUGGAGAGCCAGCUGCAGCAGGCUCUGCUCAGAACGCACUACCGACACCUGUACGCCCGCGAGGUCGCCGUGCAGACGGACGGCGCCGACGCGCGUAUGCCGGGAACCAUUUGGAGUUUCACCCACGUCAGGAGGCAAGGGGAGCGCUUCGAGACCCUGCGCGCCCCCGGGGUGACGUGGUCGCACCCGGACGGAGUUGGGGUCCAAAUCGACACCAUCACGCCAGAACUGAGGGCUCUGUAUAACGUGCUGGCCAAAGUCAAGCGGGAGAGGGACGAGUACAGGAAAAGAUGGGAGGAGGAGCUGUCCAAGCGAGAGCAGCUGGAGUCCAAGGUGGAAUCCAUGCAGCAGAGCGCCCAGGAGUCGACCGAGGUCCAGGACGAGCUGAGCGAGAAGGUGGACAGACUGAAGGCUGAGCUUGUGGUCUUCAAGACUCUGAUGGGGGAUCAGCAAAUGUCUGACCUGGACACCAAGAUCCAGGAGAAAGCCCGGCGGGUGGACAUGGACAUCUGCCGGCGGAUCGACAUCACGGCCAAACUGUGCGACGUGGCUCAGCAACGCAACUCCGAGGACAUGUCAAAGAUGUUCAGCAUCGGCCCGGCCCGGCCGCUCCCAGAGAAGGGGGCCAUGGCCUGCUGCAGGAGAAAAGAGCGCAAAGCUGUGUCCGACGAGGAGAGUUCAGAGAUGGAUGCCGAGCCCAGCCCUCCGGAGGACGACGUCCCCGGUUCGCUCAACAUCACAGACGAAAUGAAACGCAUGCUCAACCAGCUACAUUGCUCAGAUAACUCCUUUGUUGCCAGGCGCGAGACGUUUGAAAUUGACGACGACUGCGACAGUCUGACGUGGGAGGAAAACGAGGAGACUCUGCUGCUGUGGGAGGACUUUGCAAACUACAACUUACCGUGCGCCGUCCCCGCAGCGGCCGGCGCUGCCGCCGGGCCCUCCGACGGCAACGGGGAAGCCGCCGAUCCGGACUCCCAGGAUGGAAGUCUUGGCAGCCUCAUUGAUGAGACAGAGUCCCUCUUCAAGACCAGAGAUGAGGAGUACCAGGAGACCAUCGGACAGAUUGAGAUGGAACUGGCCACAGCAAAGAGCGACAUGAACCGACAUCUGCACGAGUACAUGGAGAUGUGCAGCAUGAAAAGAGGCCUGGACGUGCAGAUGGAGACCUGUCGGAGGAUGAUUAAAGUCGGCAGGAACUCUCCCUCCGCCAGCUCCGUGGCCAGCAGCGACUCAGGGAACACAGACGAGAUCCAGGACGAGGUCUCAGAGAAGGACGCAGAGGCACUGGUCCCCGUUAGCUGAUGGCCGCACAGCCGGCCGUUGUCCCACCACUUACCAAACCCCCCCCCUCCUCAUCACAGGGGUCACCUAACCUACGUUUGGGCCUGUUUGACCUGUUAAAGUUCUGAUGCUCAGGACCUGAACUGGUGCUUCAAUACUAUUUUUGUGUGUGUUCGCGUCUUUGCGUCACACAAAGAAUGGGUGCAAAUAGAGUCCUUGUUCCUCUCUGCUGCCGCGCUGGAUCUGUUUCCAGAGCUUCACAUCAUUUUAGGGCAGAGAGAAAUAAUAUGUAAUUGUUUUACACUCGCUGAGAAGUAUUUUCUACAAAUUCUUACCCAAUUAAUGUCCUUUUAUUCUAAAGGAAUUUAAAAUAGUACAUAUUGUGCUCCUCCACAUAUAAUUAUUUAAAAAAACGAUCAUGCAUAUUUUCACAUACCUUUAUGUUCAGUUUGAGGAAAAACGUAUGUGCACCUGAAGUAGGACAUCAUUUGGGUUUUGCUUGCGGUCCAAAUUUAACUGUUGUUUUAAGUGUCUUCUGCCAAGGAGACGAAACAAGGACUGAAGGCAAAUGGUGCAACAGUUCUGGUGGUUUCUGAGGGAACUCUGCAGAGUUGCCAAAGGCGGAAGAGGAAAGGAGCACAGCCUUCUGAUGCAUCGGUGCACUACUGACAUUCUAUGCAACGAGCUGGCCUUAUUCUUGGACUGGCUUUCAUCCUUCUUUGUUUCUCUUUGAACCGAUACAAUUAGCCUUUUCAGCAAAGCAGGUGUUUUCUAUGUAUCAUUUUGAGAACUCGUUUUUGUGUGUGUGUGUGUGUGUUUGAGCGUAAAAUAAUCUCACUGAUUUAUGGGAACUGACUUAUAUCUUCAUUUGUUACUUUAGCAGUCAACAUCUGCCUGAUGCUCCUUGCUACUCAAACAAGUAGUGCGUUGUUCCGUUUCUGAUGUACUCUGAGCAAACCUAGUUCUCAUCUACGACAGAUUAUUUUGCGCUCAUCUAAACGAGUGAUUUGAAAUAUCUUAAAAUCCUGUAUUUUUAUGAAAGAAAUUCAAAGUGAAGUAAUUGAAUCCAAACAAUGCCCUCCAACGUCUUAUGAAAAAAACCAAAGGACGCAUUUUGAAAACCUCCAUGGAUUGUUAUGUGUGUGGUUAUUAUGAGCUGUUAUCCUGCUGUCCUGCAAGGGACUCUGUUCCAGAUGUGCUGCACAUCCUGCUGUGUCUCUUGUGAAGCGGGGCUUAAGGUGUCAGAUGGUACAUCGAGGGCUGCGGGCAUGUGAGCGUUUACCCCCAGAGGCCUUUUAGUUCAUAUUAAGUCUCCUUGCAACCGACUGAGAUGUCUCACAGUUGCGUUCUUCAGCGCUCUCGCUGGGUUAGGGUAGAAAGUGGCCGACGCACGGGGGGCAGAGGGGGGAUUUCUAUCACCUCUGUGUAAGAUAAUGUGUGUACGGUUUGCUGGAUCAAAGAUGAAUUAAGUGCUACUUCUAUCUUGAAGUUUUAUAGAAGCAAAAUGUUAAUAUUCGGGCCUUUUUGUUGUUUCAGCAUGUUUGUGUGGAGAAAGAAGCUAUGAGUCUUUCUUUUGUAUUUUUUUAACUAAAUAGCUGCAAUGCAGACUGUUUGAGAACCCUAAUCAUGAAUUAAUUGUGGCAUAAAUUGUAUUUUUCACUGUUUUGUAAUCAUUCUAUGUUAACCCUAAAGUGUGUUAUUGUCAUCAUACUCAGUUAUUAUUAUUUCUGCAGGAUUAUUAAACUUGAUUCAGGCGUUAUAGUCACUUGCCGGCCGUGUCAGAUCAUAAAAAACACUCACAAAAAGGGUGAGAGGCCAUUUUAUCCAUCACAUCAUUUUAUGUUUGAAUCGAUGUAAAACCAGCCUGACAGAGACGCUCUUUUACUGGUACCGUUUUGUUUAUGAAUGGAGCGGCUGUGACAUCCAGACGCUCAGUGACACACGGCCUGUAGGCGGCACCACAACACCGUCACGGCCGUCAGCCAGCCAAAGCAGAGUGUACAGUAACGGGACAGAGACGGACAUCAAUCUAUGAAUACGACUAACUCUGGUGCUGUUAGUUCACGCCCACCACCACCACCGUGCGUGUUUAUUUCGCAGACAUUUACUGGAUUUUGGAGACAUUAUAUUAAUUGUAUUUUGGGGCAGGUGAAUGACAUCCAGCUGGUAACACUGUAGCAACACUCAGAGUGAAUGUCGUUCUAUUGGAGGAUCCUCUAAAGACCUUACAGACAAAAGCUGAGCAAAAGAAAUGCAGCAGUUCAAAUCCAGGGAUAUACGGUGUGCUGUUAUAAGAGACCUUGGUAUAUUUUUGCUUUAAUAAACGGGUUCUUACAUGACCAACUUACAGUAUGUGUGUAGCGGUGUGUAAACUCUGUCCGGGCGGAUGUGAAUCUUUCAUACUAAAAGGGUUUUAUAGCCUUGUUUUUUAUCACGGGGGCGAUGGGUUUAAAUGGUUGCGGUAGCAGUUGUGUCAACAUACAGUUUUAGGUGUUCAUAGACAAACCGCUUUGCUUGGUUGUUACUUUGUUACUUAUGUUACUUAAUUCAUAAACGUGAUGGGGAUAAACGGAGCAGCAAUACCUGUGGCCAUAUUAUGGUGAAAUCCGCUGUAUUGGAUAUUGGGGUUUGUGUUUUAUUUGCAUCACAGGAAGCUUCCUGUGGGGUUCAUUUAAGGUGGUUUAUCUGUCUGCUUUCAUGGAAUUACUUUUUCUUUUAGAUUUAUUAUUAUUUUUGUUUAAACUUAUUGAUACAAUGUAUUCAUGUCUGGGGAAGGUUGUUUCCAAGUUAUGAAUGUAAUCGAUUGGUAUUGGAGGGAAAUAAAUAAAAUGGUGGAUUGGAUAGAAA